GAAAUGUAAUGUACGUAGAAAUAACCGGGUAAAUUUAAUGUCUCAACGGGUUUUUUAACCACACAACCAUGACAACCAUUAGUAAAUAGACGAUGAAAGUUUUUCUGAGUUAACUAACAGUUUUCUAAUUAUGUGUUUUUCUGUACGUUUGCGUAGUUUCUUGUGUGGGUGUCCGUCGGGAAAUUUAAAGACAGUAAUGAUACAUUGGUAGCGUUAGUUGACACAAUGCAACGUGGAAAGAGUGUGAAAAUAAAAGAAGUGAUUGAAUCGCUUUGUAAGCUUCUUUCUGAACUGGGAGUGGAUUCCGUCCCCGGUACAGACACCUUCAGACGGGCGAAAUUUAAUAAAGGAGACGCGGUGGAAGACCUGUGGAGGCUGCUGUAUAGCCUGCUCUCCAAAGCCGUGCGGUGGGAGUGCGCAUGUCAAACUACGCAGGAGCAUGACGUGGACGCCCGGGCCAGGCUGGUGUGCGGCGUCCUGUGGCGGUUCGGCUACGGGGCCCCCUGGCUGGCGCCGGCGCGGACGCGGGGCGAGGGCGCUCGGGCGGAGGAGGCGGGGAGCCGAGACCUCCUGCUGGCCCUGGGGUGGGCCCUCUCCUCCGGGAGCCUGCUGGAGAGCCUGCUGGGAGAACGGGCCGCGGGGACCCUGACCACGCUGCCGGGGGUCCCCGACUGUAGGCCCAGAGUGGAGCCUCCUGCUGGGGCUGGGCGAGGAGCGGGGCAGCGUGGGGGGGGCCUGACGGGGCAGGGGGUGGGGCCGGGGCCAGGGGAGUGGGAGGGGGGCCUGAGGAGGCUGCAGUGGGAGCAGGGGAAACUCCGGCUGCUGUGGCGGGGUCUUCAGGCGGCAUGGGCCGAGAGAGCCAGGCUCCUGCAUCAGGUCCUGUCCGCCACCAGUGGCCCGUUGGACACACACCCUGCCACAAGCUGUACCGGACACAACAAGGAGUUGGAGCGGUUGCAGACAGACAUUCAGGUGCUGGAGAUAUACCUGGAAUGGAAGCAGAUGGAGCCCCUCUUUUGGUGCUGGAUGGACAGCGUGAUUGACACAGAGCUGGCCGAACCCUCCCCACCAUCGCACAGGGGUGCUGUUGCUAUGGCGCUGAAGAGUGCGGUCGUCAAGGGGGCCCGUUGCCAAGGUGACGGCGGGAGAAGGGGCACGGACGAGCUGAGUGAGACGCUGCUGAUGCUGCAGGUUCAACUGAAAGCGUGGCGGGCGGAGCUGGCAGGCCACGCCUCCCCAUCGGAGAACGUGAUUGCCAGCUCAGAGAAGGCAAAGAUUCAGGAGAGGGUGAAACUCAGACUGCGUGGCCUGACCGAGGCCUACGCCGCCCCCCGGCCCACGUGCAGGCGGUACAGGCUGCGCCCUCAGGAGCACCCCGCCCACCGGCCUCACAGGCCCACGAAACACUGCCCCUCGCAGGCAGGGCAGCCAAUCGAGGCCCAGGCUUCUCGCCUCAUUGAGGAACUGCGGGAGGAAGAGGCGGGCCUGCGACAGGAAGUGGAGCGACUGAGGCGGGGCCAGAGGGAGGAGCUUCAGGAGCUUGCCAGCAGGCUGGAGGGCGUGGUUCUCAUUCCGCCCCUGAAGAGAUGAGCGUUUUUCAUUCAGACUGAGAAAUAAACUUAAUGUUGCCUGUUA